ACCGACGCCGACCCCACCUCUCAGAAUCCCCCCACCCCACCACCACCACCACCAAUGAUGGCUUCUUCCUCCGACCUCAUCCUCUACAACCUCGUCCCCGCCCAACCCCUAAACCCUAGCGCCAUCCCCAACCCUAACCCCGACCUCUCCAUCGCCGCCGCCGAGCCCCCCUCCUCCGACGGCGCCACCCCUCGCCGCGUCAGGCCCAGGAAGUCCCCCUCCUCCUCCGACCGCCACUCCAAGGUCGCCGGCCGCGGCCGCCGCGUCCGCAUCCCGGCCAUGGUGGCCGCCCGCGUCUUCCAGCUCACCCGCGAGCUCGGCCACCGCACCGACGGGGAGACCAUCGAGUGGCUACUCCGCCAGGCCGAGCCCUCCAUCAUCGCCGCCACCGGGACGGGCGUCACCCCGGAGGAGGCGCCCCCCGCCGCCGUCGCCAUCGGCUCUUCCUCGGUCGCCGCCGCCGCCGCCGCCGGCGGGCAUGGGGGCGCGUUCGUCCAUGUGCCUUACUACACCGCGCUCCUCAUGCAGCCGCCUAACGCGGACGAGCCCCCCAUGGCAUCCGCUGCCUCCGCCUCGGGCACCACCGCCGCCGACGAGAACAAUAAUUAAUUUAGAACUGCCGCUGUUAGGUUUAGGAGCUUGGAGCGUGUUAGGGUUAGGGUUCCCCGGCUUAUUUAGGAGAGGUCUCCCCCUCCUCAAUAAUUUAACCUCAUUGUCCUUGUGGCGGUUGCGGCGGCGGCAUGGAUUUAGGUUAUUUAGAUGCCUUAUUCAGGCAAGCAAAUGAGGGGGUGAUUCAGAUGGUUUCUUAGAGAGGAGGGCAGAAAAAUGGAGAGCUCUCUGUAAGUGGUGGGUGAGGACUGGAGUGAGUGGUACUGAUGUUCUGAUGAAACAAUGCCUGAGUUAUUGUGAAUGUUUAGAUCUGCUGAUUUAUUCUC